UUGAUCAGUAGUAGCAAAUCUAUCAUUAAGCAGUUUUUUAUUUAUUUUAAGCCCUAAAAAUGGGAAGCCGUGCUCGAAUGUUGGUGAAGCUUUGCGAGCAGCAUGAAUGUUCCGCAUCUAAUAGCAUUGGAGGGCAAUUGCCGCUUGAUUCAAAAACAUCUCCGAUUGAUAUAAGUACAAAUGAAUUACCUAAUGAAGAAAAACAGGAUACCAACUUUACCCAAAACAGUGAUAUGAAUUGGUGUAAUGAACCUAUGACUUCAACUGGAAACGUUGUUUCUUCUCAAAAUAACGGUAAUUUAUCACCCAGUCUUCUUGAAAGCCACCAAAACCUCAGUGAAGGCCAAGACUAUUCACCAAAUGAUAGUGGCGAUGAAUAUGUGCCACAAAAAUCUGCAAAGCGCCGCCACCGUGUUAUUUCGAGGUCUUCGAGCUCAUCAUCAUCUAGCUCAUCCAGUUCUUCCUCUAGUUCAUCCAGUACUUCUACUAGCGCAUCGUCAAUAUCGACUACUGACGAGUCUCCUGUGAAUUCUAAUUGUAUGCUUACAAGAGAAGUUUUAGCGCCACCUUUAGAAACAGUUGUUGCUAAAAAAGGUAAAAAAAGAGUUCGUAAUGAAUCGGCUUGGAUAAAAAAUGUGCGAAAGCAACAAAGAAAUUCAGGAAAGCAAUAUGUAUCUAGAAAUGGAAAAACUGUUGCCGAAAAAUCAAUUAAACCACCUUGUUCAGAAAAAUGUAGGCAAAAAUGUCGUGAUAAAAUAACUGAAGAACAAAGAGAGGAAAUAUUUAAAAACUAUUGGGGUUUGGGAACAUUGCAGAGACAACGUGAUUUUAUAAACUCGUGCUUAACAACACUGAAAGUUCCUUACCGUCGAGUGAAAGAAGGAAAUGCUAAAACAAGAAACCAAAACUGUGUUUUUCAUUUUACGGUGAAUGGAGAAAGCAAACGGACAUGCAAAUUUUUUUUUAUUAAUACAAUGGGCAUAUCAGAAAGAGUAUUGCGAACAGUAAUGCAAGGAAGACAAAAUUGUACGACAGGUAUGAUUCCGGAAGAAAAGAGAGGCAAACAUUCUCAUCAUAAUCAAGUUGGUGAGGAAAUCGUACAGUCAGUUCGCGAUCACAUUAAUUCAGUGCCCCGAAUAGAGAGCCACUACACUCGGGCUAACACAAGUCGUGAAUUCAUUGACGGUGGCCUAACUAUUAAGGAAUUGUAUCGCAAUUACGUAUCGAAUAGAGAUGCAAUGCCAGUAGCAUCUUAUGACAUGUAUAACAGAAUGUUUAACACGGAAUUUAACUUAUCCUUCUUUGUCCCUAAGAAGGACCAAUGUGAUCUCUGCGAGUCGUACAAAAAUGCUAUUGGAUCAGACAAACUUAAAUUAGAAGAACCUUAUGAAGAACAUCUUAGACAAAAAGAAUUGAGCAGAAAAGAGAAAACCGAUGAUAUAGCAUUAACUAAAACCGAUGCUGAAACAGUCGUUGCAAUAUACGAUUUACAAGCAGUCAUGCCGGUUCCAACUGGAAAUAGCUCGGCGUUUUUUUAUAAAUCUAAGCUAAAUUGCUUAAACUUUACAGUCACAGAAUUAAAAGAUAAUACUACAAGUUGUUAUUUCUGGCACGAAGGGCUAGGUAAUCGAGGGGCUAUUGAAAUUGGGUCCUGUGUACUAAAGUUUCUAAAAGAGAUUUCAGAGCGUCAUCCUAAUUGCAACAUUAUAUUUUACUCGGAUAAUUGUUGUGGGCAGCAGAAGAAUAGGUUUCUCCUUGGCAUGUACUACUAUGCAGUUGAAACUCUACCAAUUACGUCAAUCACGCACAAAUUUUUGAUUCGCGGCCACACCCAGAAUGAGGGUGACAACGCUCACUCACUGAUUGAAAAGGCCAUUAAAAGAGCAAAGAGAUCUGGUCCUAUUUACAGUCCUCACCAGUACGUGCAACUGGUAAGGAAUGCCAAGAAAACUGGUAAACCUUUUGUGGUUCACGAGCUAAACUAUGACGAUUUUUAUGAUCUAAAAAAGCUGUUUGAGGAUAUUGGGUUAAAUAUUAACAAAGAUCUAAAAGGCAAUCCGAUAAAAUUAACAGAAAUAAAAGCUAUUCGAUUUGUAAAAAGCAUUGACACUUACACUAUAAAGUACUCUUACGCAGAUGAAUGGCAACAAGUAAGCACAAAACCCACAAAAAAUUUAAGGAAAACACGCUCUGACUUUAAUUUAAGUAUUACAGAUAUUUGCCUAGAGCCAGCUUAUAAUUCAAAGAUAGCAAUUUCAGAUCAAAAAAAGCAGGAUUUGCGUAUUUUGCUAGAAAAAAAUAUUGUUCCUAGAUGUUAUUCUGGAUUUUACGAAAGCUUGUUUUAAUUGUUUACUAGUAGCUAUACUAAUUGUUUUUCUUUAUAAAAGAUUUUUUUAUUAAUUUACGUGAUUAUUUUGUAACUGUGAGACAUUUACGUACUUAUUAUAACGAUGAAAGACUAAAAUUGUUAAAACUUUUCUUUAUUAAUUGAGUGUAAGCAAUAAGACAAUAAUAUAACAUUAAGAUAAUUGUAGUAAAUGACUGUGAUUUAAACAUGCCAUAUUAGUAACUGAUAAGACUGUACUUAGUCUACAAAAUGUUGAAUAGUUCUUAAAUGUAAUUUAAGUAUAAUGUGAGGGAUCCAUUGUUAUUAUUGUGUGUUGGUUAUGGUCGUACAUAAAUUAAUACUCCGUUAUGCUGGUGCAUAUAAUAUUAUGUCAAAGAUCUCUUAAAAUUUUGUAUAAGUAUAAUAAAAACAGAAUAUUAUUGAAAAAUAAAGUUCUUUUAUUUGAAGAAUCAAACGACUUAAUUUCUUUAACUGUCUUCACCGAGGGAAACAACGACGCAUUUGUAAGUACUAUAACGAAAAAAAAUUUUUUAUCCCGUUUUUGGAGUAGUAAAUAAUAAAAAAAAUGUGGUUAUUUAUGAACCAAGAGUUCUAGCUAUAAUAAAACAAUUUAAAAAUAAUAAUUAGCCCUAAGAAUGCUUCAGAAUCUUCUUUUGAACCUAGAAAUAAUCUUU